UACCUACCUCGGUACUACGCAUAGCUGUGCCAACAAGCCAUCGAUCUCGGAACAUGUAGCGAGUGCGGUCUCAUGACCUGACUUUGAACUUUAGUCUCGCCUCAUCUUUUAUUUCUAAAGCUCAAACCACUCAUACCACACCCUAUCAAGCCACGACACCCUUCGUACUUGUCACGCUCAACGGUAGUAUCCCCGCUCGGUAUCUCCCCACCUUACUCACUCCUCUACCAAAGACAACGGGGGGUUUUACCAAAGUCCGAGAAGGAAGGAAAAAAGAGGAAGAAGAAGAAGAAAAAAAGACAAUGUCACCCACCAAGAUCCGCCUCGCGACAGCCUCGCCCCCAAGCCAGGCCACGGCGGCCGAGACUCUGGCCCAGCUAUCCCGACUGGCCCGGCGGGUGGGGUCGGCGGGGUCGGCGGCGGCGGACAUCCUGCUCCUGCCCGAGGCAUACGUCGGCGGGUACCCGCGGGGCGCGUCGUUCGGCGCCGUCGUCGGGGGCAGGUCGGCCGCGGGCCGGGACGAGUACCUCGCCUACUUCCGCGGGGCUGUCGAUCUUGGCGAUGCUGUCGGCGAGGGGGGUGCCGGGGCUGGUGAUAAGUGGGUGAGGCGGGAGAUUGGGGGUGUGGGAGAGGGGGCGCAUGUGGAGGGGGAGGGGUCGCCGAGGAGGGGGGAUGGGACGCGCGAGGAGCUGGAGCGGAUUGCGAGGGAGAAUGGGCUGUUUCUGGUCGUGGGGUGUAUCGAGAAGGCGGGGGGCAGCUUGUACUGCUCUGUUGUGUAUGUGUGCCCGAAGCUGGGAGCCAUUGGGAAGCGGCGGAAGGUGAUGCCGACCGGCAGUGAGCGCCUCGUCUGGGCCCAGGGCUCGCCUGCAACCCUGAAGGCUGUGAGCACGACUAUCAAGGGAGUCCGGAUCAACCUCGCCGCGGCGAUCUGCUGGGAGAACUACAUGCCCCUCGUCAGACAGGCGCUGUACGCCCAGAACAUCAACCUGUAUCUGGCGCCCACGGCCGACGCGAGGGACUCGUGGCUGGCCUUGAUGCGGACGGUGGCCAUCGAAGGGCGCUGCUUCGUGGUGACCUCGAACAUGUGCGUCCGGGCGAAAGGCAGCCAGGCGCCGGCGAACGGGGUGGAUCGUGGGGAGGGCCGAGAGGAAGGCCACAGGGCCGGCGGCCGGGAAGCCGCCCCUCGGGAGGCCCCACCGCGGCGGAACUCGUGCCUGACGGAGGAAGGGUUCGAGAUCGCGCUGCCGUCGCCUACUUCCCGGAGGACGAGCAAGCGGAGGCAGUCCAUCUUCGACGAGGAUGGCAAUGAGAUCGUCCUCAGCUGCAAGGGCUCCGCCGCCGUCGACGACGCCAUCGAGGAGUCGCCCCUGUCCCCGCCGCUCGGCGAGCCACCGAAGCAGGCGGAGAAGACGACCGCUGCCGGCAGCUUUGAGUGUCGCGGCGGCUCCGCCAUCGUAUCGCCCUUUGGAGACGUCCUCGCUGGGCCGCAGUGGGAGGACGACGAGGGCAUUAUCUACGCCGAUGUCGACUUCGACGAGUGCAUCAGGGGCCGGCUGGAUAUCGACACGGCCGGAAGCUACUCGAGGUACGGAUGGAUCUCUUCUUGCGUCACAUCACAGGUAUGGCACCCGAUGCGAAGCUUGAUGGCUAAUUCGGCUCUCUAGGAAUGAUUCGUUCAAGUUCUCGGUCCAAGGUCUGGACUUGGACCCUUUGCCUUACUGAUGGGCAUGUGCAUAUUUACAUUGGGGUUUGCACAUGAACUGCUUUAAGCUCGUUCAAAGGGCAUCAUGAGAUUGUAUUAAUCGCUACCCCUUUUUGGCGCCAAGCUAGUUGAAAAUUGAUAAUAUCUCGAUGCUUGCGCAUAACCGUGGUCUCCAUCACUUCCAAACCAGUAUUAUGCCCAGAAUUCAAUCGCAUCGUUCCCUUG